AUGAGACGAGUUCUUGCUUUCUUCGCUUUGCUGCCUCAUGUCGUCGCCCGGACGCAAAGGUUCGAAGCUGCUUCACUCUUCGACCUCUACGAGCAUGGCCUCCUUCCGGAGGUUGACGUUGCGGGCCUGCGCCUGAAAAGUGUUCACAUUGCGCACAAAGUGUCGCGUGGCCCGAAGGAAGGCUUCAUGCGGCAAAAGAAACCUUCUUGGAGGUGGACGAAGACAAGGGUGCCCGAGGACUUCCAAAGCCGCUACUUCGACGAGAUGUCCCCCGCCCACGCCUUGCGUGGAAGACUCCUCUCCAGCGUACCGCGCUCCAACAUCCUGAAAGAGGCGGCCUCUGCACCAUUCGCAUUCCGCACGCCCCGGGACAAGGUCCGGUCUGUUACGGCUCUCCUUGCAGCAAGCAUACCCCUAGCAGAGUACCAGAAUGUUACGUUCAACUACGCACAGUUCAAGGAAGUCUACGACAAGGGCGACAGCUUUUUCAUUAAUUGGUGUGAGAACACCUCUAUCGUCAACAACGCCUCCGAGUGCAUCGAAUCGGUCAACGCUUCUUUCGGAACAAAUUUGGUUAGUAUGGAAGCCACAGCUCUGACGGAAAGCCGGACGGAGCUACGGACGGCUGCCGGAACUGCUUGGAUUCGUGACGGCUUCAUUGGGGCUCGAUCUGACGGCUGUGCGCAGGCUGGACAGAUCGGGGAGCGCUGCUUUGGAGAUGAGGGCGUGGCCAUGUCCACGUAUGAGGACACCGACUCAAUCAUCCUCGUGCUGCAGGCGGGGCUGGGAACCUCGGACCUGGCAAAUCUCAUUUGGCAGAACAAGGCCUGGUUGCUGGAGCAGUUUGAGGACUCUCUACGAGAGCAGUGGCUCAUCAGCGCUCAGCAGGCGGCCUCAUCGAACAUCACUUGGAGGAAAGCAGAUCAGGAGCACGAGUUUCCCAUCCGUUGUGCGUUCCUCAACGAAGCAUAUUCUCCCUUCGUGGAUGCAGAAACGGUCAGCGUUGGAUCAGGGAUUGCCCAGAGCUACCUGGACACCGAAGGUCUCUGGCCUUUGAUCAAGAACCUGGUGCGGACAGUCUUGGCAGAAGGCCAGCAAUUCGUGAAAACCGUAUACCUUGCUGGCAUGGGUCUGGGCGGUUCACAUGCUGCCUUGGCGAGCUUGUGGCUAAAGAAGAACGAAGACAAGGUCUAUGACACCUAUGUCAUUGCAGCUCCUGGAUUCCAGUGUACGGCCAAAAAUCUCUAUUCCAAGGACAUGAUGCACUACGACACCCAUUCCCAGAUCAAAGUUUACCUGCAUGUCAUGGAUGUACUGGCCGGAUCCGUCGACCAGUACAGUGGAACUGUUUGUAAAUAUGGCCUUCACAAUUUCACGGCUUCCGAAUCCUUCUACGAAUCUUGUGGGCGGAUUGUGGGCCACACUGGCCCGGAGCUGUUUUGGAGGCCCUCCACUACCAGCACCACGACGACACUGGAGUUGGCCACGGACGAGGAGGUGGCUGCACAGCAGGCACUCGAUCAGUACAAUCAAAAUAUCACCGAGGCUAAGGCGGCUUUUGACGAGUGCGUCUUCUUCACGCACUCGAUUUGGUAUGCGCUGCUGCUCUUCGUGAGCGAGGACACUUUGAAUCUGGAUGGUUCAACGGAUGGUGGCUGCCAGACUGUGGACCCCAUCGACCAGGAAGACAAGUAUGGAAGAUGCCCAACUACCGACACUGCAACAACAGACUGCGACAGCUUCUUUGAGCCGCAGGCACAGGUGUCGAUGCAAAUGCUUGGCAUGAUCGUCGGCAUAACCGGUGCUGUGAUUUUGUGCUGCGCGAUAUUGGGCAUCGCUGCUGUUCGGCAUAUCCAGAAGAACGCCAUGGACGACGUCAGUAUGUCGGCUGAUCAUGGACCGCCCUCCAACGGGUGCAUGGCCAGGCUCCUCAGGAACUGUGGCAUCUACGUCGGUGCAGGUAAGCGGGAUCGAGCCAAAGAGGCCAGAAUUCGAGCCAAGAAGGCACGGGACAAGCGGAAGAAUCGCAAUCAGGAGAAAACCACUUUGCUCGAGGACGGCACAGAAGCAACGCCAACACCAGGCGUGAUGGUUCCUUCAUCGACUGUCGUGGGGAAGCAGGGGGACACAGAGAGCUUGCCACCUGACUCCACCAUCGGUGAUGAGCCGGAGAUAGAGGAGAAGAAGGCGAAGAAGGAAAAGAAGGAGAAGAAGGUGCUAAUGGAUCCCACGACGCAAACCAUCGCAGGCUCGAUCGGUGGUGGAUGUCCCGGGAACCCACUGAUGGGUGGAGGUGAUGUUUUUGCAGGCAAGGUCAUCAAAAACUUGGGCACCUUCGGCUUCAUCCAGCCGGAUGGCGCCACGGACGAGCUGUUCGUCAUGCCGAAAAGCUGCAAAGGCUUCAAUGACCUUCUGCCGCCAAUUGGGACCAGGGUGCGCUAUGAGUUGGUGGUGGAUGAGAGGACGCUCCGGACGCGAGCCGAGAACGUUUUCCCGGAAUCCGAUGCGGCGAUGCCAGGUGAGCAACCUACUGGGACACUCAGUGGCACCAUCCAAGAAAGCUCAGCCGAGUAUGGCAUCAUCGCGCAGGACCAUGAUGGCAGCAAGAUAUCCUGCUUGCCCGGCUCAUUCCAGCGUGCCUUUGGCCAGAGCGCCAUCCCCCCGGUCGGCACCCGGGUGAUGUACGACGUUGUUGUCGAUUCGAAGAAUUCCGGCCCUCGGGUCGAAAAUGUCCAACCUCUGGAUGCCAGCAAGGUCGGAAACGGAAAAGGGGGCAGCGCAGCUCCGGCCAAUGGCACUGGCACCCUAGGCGUCGUUGGCAAAGUUUGCAACGGGUAUGGCUUCAUCGACCAGGAUAAUGGCGAGAAGAUUUUUGUCCUACCCUUCUCUUGCGCCGCUUUCGGAAAUCAAAUUCCGCCUGUCGGAACCCGCGUCGCGUUCGACAUCGGCCCAGACCCGAAAACUGGCAAAAGCCGGGCCGAGAAUGUCAGAUUGGGGAUGAAGACCGGCACGAUGGGCAAGAGUGGACCACAGUUUGGCUUCAUCAACCAGGAUAAUGGUGAGGGCGAGAUGUUCGUCCUGCCGAAGUCGUGCGGCGGCGAGCUCCCACCAGUUGGAACUCGCGUGAUGUUUGACAUUGUGCAGGAUCAGAAGACGGGGCGCCCUCGCGCCGAGAACGUCAUGCCGGAGGGUGGUUGGAACGCCCCGCCGAUGAGUGGCAUGGGCGGCGGUAUGGGUGGCGGACUGGGUGGCAAUAUGUCCACCAGUUCCGGGACCGUCACGCAGGUUGGCCCAAACUACGGCUUCAUCCAGUCCGAUGCAAACGAGAAGGUUUUUGUGCUUCCUGGGUCCUGUACUACUCUCACGGGAGAAGUCGGCUUCCCGCCACUCGGAACGAGAGUUUCCUAUACAAUGGUGGUGGACAGCAAGACGGGCAGACCAAGAGCAGAAACCGUCCGGCCAGAGGCCGCGGGGAUCGCGGCCGCACAAGGGGCCUUGGAUCACUCCGGAACUAUCCAGCAGACAGGGGAGAAGUACGGCUUUAUUCUGCAGGACGACGGGCAGAAAAUGUUCGUCAUGCCCAUUUCCUGCGACGUCUUUGGCCGGGUCAUACCGCCUGAAGGAACCCGCAUCAGCUACCGCGUGGUCAUUGACCGCAAGACGGGACGGCCUCGGGCCGAAGAUGUCUGCCCGGAGGGCACAGGCGUCACAGCCCCGCAGACGCUGCAGCCAGCGUUGCGGACCAGCAUGCCCCAGCAGCAGUGGAGCGCACCGAUCGGCAUGGGGCCCGUCGGUGGGAACGGGAUGUCUGAGAUGACCGGGACCGUCACGCAGACGGCUGCGAUCCAAGAGAGCAAAAGCUCGCUCCUGCUACCGAGCGGGAAUCCCACUCACCCGCAGUUUGACAGGAAGACCAUGGCGAGCUACCUCGGAUACUACAUCAAAGUCUUGGGAAUACUGGCGUGGAACCUGGUCGCCCAGACAGCCGAAGAGCCAUGGCCAACACAGUGCAUCCUUCCCGGCAUACGAUGCGAUCUCCCCGGAUGCAGUGGGGAUUACCGAAGUGUGGGAGACGAGACAGGUCCCCUCCUCAACGUCAUCGGGGACGUCACUCGUGCAGCUGGUGCAGGCGGCCGUAAACCAGACGAGAAAGCUCGAUGCCAGGAGGAACUGCGCGAAGCGGUGACCCAACAGCAGUCAGCCCACAAGCAGUUGAGCGUCUUCAUGCCACAGCUCCAGCAGUCCAAUGCGGGACAGGACGAUGGUUGGAGCUCUGCGAUUGGAGACGAGGAGAUGGCUCCUGUCCAUCGGAAUCCGCUCCACGAGCUUGGGCAGUUUUUGGCUGCUGCACGGGGUGUUGGCGGCCUCCCGGCUGGCGAAGGGGAUCCUACGCGUAUGAUGGGUGCAGCCGCCCCGUCAUCGUUCGGCCCGGCACCAGUUACGCCGCCCGACAGGCCGAACUUUGGAUUUCCGGAGACACCUCCAUCGGGCCCCCUGGCGGCCAAAGACCCUUACAUCUCUUCACCGGCCUCGACUUCACUUGCAGGAGGUGGAACGGGCCCCCCGUCGGCGGAGAGGAUCGACACCAAAGGCCACCCCUCCCCCCCCUCAGCCAAUGGACAACGGCCUCAUCGUGCUCACCGACGUCCCCCGUCACAGGAAGCUCCUCGAAAAGGCAUCAAGGAAGCUUCAAAGUCCCACAGUCCGGUAGACCCGAAAAGAAGCACUUUGGGCGACAAACUGUUGGAAAGAAGAAAGAAAGAGUUGGAGGCCCAGCAUCCAGAACCUCCCAUGCCUCUCCCUCCGGAGGCUGCUGCUACCCUUGCGGGCAGUGGUACUGGGAGCGGCGCUACACCGACCCCAGUUCUGGAGGACGACGACGAAGAACUGGACGAGGUGGAUCUCUUUGCAUCCGAUGGAGCCGUCCUCUGCAAAGUGGUCGCUGCGGCUUGGGAUGCCGCAUGCCCUUUGCCUAGGUAUCGAAGGCUGCCAGAGGUAAUGCGAGACGGCCGGGGCCGCCCUGCCGCUGCCUCUGAGGAGCCUAUGAUCCCUCUUGCAUAUGAGGAGGGCCCCUCUUUGCCGAUAUUGUCUGGCAACUUGUCUACCGCAGUGAAGUUGAGGCCCUCGCUGCUCCGUACGAACCUCCCGCCCCAGAAUGUGCUUCCUGGGAUACUUGGCUUAUCGUACGUGAGGUUGGGUGUGAUGUGUCACAGCUGUGCUUCCAACGAGACCCGCAUGGCGUCGCACAGGGUUAGCUUCACCUUUGUCGAUGCUAGAAGGGUUGGUAGAGGGAUCUAUGCGGCAAUUUCUAAUGGCCCACUUGACCCCGCGCACCUUCCGGCCGUGCGCCCUGCAAACUCCGUCCCGACUGAGGGCAUCUGGUUUCUCCUUUUUGCUCCGGAUAGGAGGCCGGAGCACAUAUGGAUCGCGGCGCAGGCACCCUACACUUGGGAUGAGGCAUCUGCAGCGCUCUCUGAUGCCCGUGAGCCUAAGCACCAGGAUACGUACGGCUAUGUCUGCCGGGUCCAUCCACAGCCGAGUGCAGAGUUUGCUAGUUUAAUCUGUCUCCCAGCCUGGGCAUGUCAGCGGACGGCCGUCCUCCUCGACAGUCGGUCCUUUGAUGGUCGACUUUACUGCCUGACCAUCGACCCUUGGAUACAGUGGGGUUCGUUCCUCCUGCAAACUGGGUUGCCUGAUAACGACACAUUUAUCAUUGUGGUAAAUGGCAUUGCACGAGCACGAGGAAGACCGCUUAUCCUCAAGCAAGGCGACCUGAUCCAGGUGCUCGAAUAUGGGGCCUCAAUUCCUCCCCUCCUAGAUCUUGGGGACCUGCUGUUUGUAGGAGAUCGCUGGGAGUCUGACCCCCCCCUUGCAUUCUCGUCUUCAUUCUCACAUUACUGGGUCUUGCACGAAGGCGGUGCCAAGGGUAUUGAUGCUGACUAUCAUGCCAUAAACAAUGUAUAUGGCUUCCAGGAGUUUGUGGCCGAUGCCCUACAAUUUGCACAGCACCGUACCUCCCUGAAAACGGCAUCCCCCCAAAUCCUAGACGGCAUGUAUAGGGGUGUUUUAUGCAAAGCUGUUGUGAUAGUGACGGAAUGCCUGCCUACCAUCCCUGUGCCGCCAGCCAGGAUCACUGUGUCUCUCACGGUUGUAUUCUUGGAUAUGCGGCCUGUCUUGCGUGGCAUGGACUGGCGCAUACUGGCACGUGGGGAAACAGCCCUUGAUGUCUUCACACGGGGCCUGCAAUUGGAGCCCCCCCAAGGCUACCGCAUCCACAUAGAGGGAGGCAGCCGUAUCGUUCGCAAAAGAGUGGUGUUCCUGAAAGCUGACGAUCGUGCAGUCCUCACCAUUUCUUUUGCUGCGCAAACAGAAGAUGCGCCUGCAGCGGCCCUCACCGAAGGCAGCGAUAGCUCAGACUCUGAUCCAGAUUCUGACUCAGCCCCUGAUGAUGACGACCUCCACCGAGUACCGCGAGGAGAGCGUGCAGCGAUCAGGACGCAAAUUGCCGGGUCUGUUGGCAUACAGCAGAACUCCCUACGCAUCACCUCCUCCUCGCCCAGAGUGUUAAACGCAGCGAUUGAUGGAUUCCCCUGCCGAUCUGUGAUCAUUGUCAGUGAAGGGGCGCCCCACGGCAGUUCAGCUCUACACUGGGUCCUGCUAGAUGCCCGAGCUCUUUUCCUGGGCUGGCGCAGUCUCCCAGCCCCACAUGGUCAGAUAUCAUGUCGAGGUGUCAUUGAUGACCUGAUGGGGGAGAUAGGUUCGGGAUGGCGACUCUGGAUACGAGAUGUGCCAUUCAGUGAGGACAUCAUCGCGACCCAUGAAGGACAGAUUUUGACUGUCGAAAUCAUCCAUGAAAGAAUUGUUCCCCCGCAAGGUCGCAUAGAUCCUCCAGAUGAGGUGAUUACAAUCCCGGCAGAGGCUGCGUCGAAUCAUUCAGCAACCCUCGGUCCUGCUGGCAUUGAACAUGCCUCGGCAGAUCGAACCCACAAUGAACCCUGGCAUGGGACAGAAGGCACAUCUUUUGUUCAUACCCACACUGAUGAUCGGCGCCCUGACCCGCCGGACGAUGCUGGAUCUGCAGCUUCAGUCCCUGUCAAUAGCCCAGAACAUGCAACAGUGCCCUUCUUGCUACUGAAGCAGAAUUACGACCAUGAAUGGAUCACUGUUCGAUUUGCUGCUGGUGUGGAGAUCCACGAUGCUCUAAAUGCAGCUGCGGCGGCCAGACCCCCUGCUGCUGCAGUUCGAGUUCCAAUUCUUUGUGCGGUGCACCCCCAGCCAUGUAGUGGCAUUGCGCUCGUCGUCGGCCUCCCCGCCUGGUCGCCCCCCGGCUACAUCAUUGCUAUAGACAGUCGGGCAUCCAACGGCAGGCUAUUUGCUCUUCAGGUCAUUGGACAUUGUUACCGUCAUGAUUUCCUGAAGUUAGCCGGCCUUGUUGAUACGGAUGAACACGAGGUAUACUUCCGAGACCUCCCCUGGCCCUUGCCUGCAGAUAGUCCUGUCAGUCCCGGGCAUGGUGACUUGGUCCUCAUAUGCCCGCGCAAUGCCCAUUACCACACUGUUAACAGUUUGGCAGAUAUGCUCCAGUCAACAGCAGGUUGGGCCCCCAGUCCAGUGGCUGUAGAUAACCAGUCUGAUAUUGCCUGGAUUCUUGGACCAGCGGGUCCUACUGCCCUUCAGGUACCGAGCCAUAGACAGCACCGGGCUAGACAGGAGAUCGCAGCUCAUGUUGGAAUUCCAAACAGGGAUCUCGCUUUGUCACCAGCUUUCGGCGGGAUACAAGACUUUGCCGAACUAGGUGUCCUUCUGCGUAAUGUUGUUGUUGCUCGGUCUUUGGCUGUCCACGAUGGUGCAACCUCAGCUCGGGCUCCUGUCUGUAUCCUCGACUUGCGACCUAUCUUGCUCGGAUUCGACUGGAUUCCCUGUCCACAGGGUAUAUUUCUGCCUGAUAAUGUCCUAGCCCGAUUUCUUCAUCGAUGCCCACCUGGAUACUGCAUAGGCCGAAUUGUACGUGAUGCAUUCUUCAGCAAGCUUCAAGAUCCCUUUCUUAUCCAGGAUGGUGAUGUUGUAACGUUAGUCUUCAGGCAGGCAGAUGCAGCGACUGCCAGUCCAGAGUGUGCAGCAUCUGAUGACCAGCCUGCGCCGGCUAAUGAGGAUGGUGAGGAGCCCCAUGGGAAUACCACGGCCAGGCGGACUGGAUGUGCUGGCAACGAGCCGCGAUGGUCUGCCGAAGGCUCCUGGCAGACCCUCAGCCACACAGGAGCUCUAGUGCAUCACCUUGACAUGAUGGCCAGAGCCACCCCUGGCGUUCAGCUCAAGUACUCGCAUGUCAAGGGCCAUUCAGAUCACCCCUGGAACGAUCUGGCCGACUAUGUGGCCAAAGCAGCUUCCCGAGGCCAAAUAUGGCCUAGCCCGCCAAUGGAUGUAUGCACUGCUCUGCAUGCCCAGGAUAUCACAUGGCUUGCAGUCGAACAGGAUGCCAGAAUGCAUCAUGCCGUCCCAAUCUAUGAUGGGGCGCUCCUCUUGGAGCCGCCUGCUGACUGUGAUGACUGCCUCCAACCAGAGCAACUCGUUCCUGUCACUGGAAGUGACCACACCCAGUCUGACGCGACAGGUCAAUGUUGUUGGGCGCACGUUGCGACUGUCAACGUGCAGAGCCUCCGUGGUAAAUGCAAAUAUAUCGAAGAACAGCUACACUCCCGAGCUGUGAAUGUUGCAUGUCUCCAGGAGACCAAGAUUGAUGGUGGCACGCUCACCUCUCAGCACUACUUGCGUAUGCAAUCACAAGCGGAAUCGCACUGGGGUGUAGCGAUUUGGGUGCAUAGGCAGCUUGGGGUUGUCUGUUUGGGUGGUGAACCCUUGCAUGUUGAUGAGCACGAUGUGGCCGUUCUUCAUGAAAGUUCGCGGUUGCUAGUGUUACUUAUCACCAAGGGCCAGCUUCGGAUUGGCCUCAUCAGUGGGCACUGCCCGCAUUCAACUCGACCUGCGGAACGUGACGCGUUCCUGGCUGUCAUUGCGCCACUUCUUCGGCGUCUAAAGCAUGCCCACCUUGUUCUUGGUGGCAUAGACCUCAAUGGCCGUAUUCCCCCAAACUUCCAGGAUGUCAGUGGAUCUUUAGAAUAUGGGGAAGCUGAUACAACUGGUUGGAGUUUUGCUGGCCUUCUAGCUGAAGGUGGACUUUGGGUGCCAUCGCUCUACUCGCAGCUUCAUUGUGGCGACUCUGCUACAUAUACCCAUCCGAGUGGAAAGCAGCAUCGCAUUGAUUACACCCUCUUAGGAGGGCAAGCUGUCUUGGAAAAAGUUAGAUCUGAGGUUGAUGAUACCUUCGACAAUGGUAGCCCUCAAGAUGACCACAGGCUCUUGUGCUUGAGCCUGCAGGGACAACUGGAGGCCCAUGGGCGUUCCCCCAAGCUACGGCGGACACGGUAUGAUCGUGACAAGAUUAUGUCCGCUGAAGGACGAGCCUGUCUGAGCAGACUUCUCCCUUCUUUUCGCCACCCGGGAUGGAACGCUGCCCCGGACCAGCAUUGUCGUGCAAUAGAGCAGCAUCUGUGUCAUGUUCUUGAAACACACUUCCCGGCGCCAAGGACUCACAGGCGAGCCUCGUAUAUCCCUGAGCGGGUCUGGCGUCUUCGAGAGCAGAAGCUCGACUUCAAACGGCAUGUUCGCCAUCGCUCACAGUUGUGGCACGACCUGGUAUGCCGAGCCUUCCACCAAUGGAAGGAAUGCCAGGACUAUAGUGUGACGCUCUUGCUAGGCAAACAAUGCCGAUUAUACGAGCUCGCAGCGGCUGCGGUUAAAAUCGCCACGAGUGCCAUCAAGCGAGAAAUCCUUCUUGCUAAAAGUGCCUACCUCCACAAGAUCGCCUGCGAGGGGCACCAGGGUGCUGCCAAAAUCAUGCAACGUGUUAAGCAGGCUGGAAUCGGAGGUACUAAGACACGCCCAAUCUCUCGGCCGUUGCCUAUGUUGCUACACCCGUCUAAUGGGUCCACUGUCACGACAAGACGCCAGCGUGACGAAGUAUGGAUGUUGCACUUUGGCAGGCAAGAACAGGGGCAGGCCACUCCGAUAGAUGCCUUUUUGCAGGAGGCCACCUACAGUUGCUACCAGCCAGACCUCACCUGGACUGCGGAAAUGCUGCCCACUUACGCUGACAUUGAAUCGGUCGUGAGGGCGAUUCCGAGAAAUAAGGCAGCCGGUCUAGAUAAGAUACCGGGCGAGGUACUAAAGGCGGUCCCAGCUGAGGCGGCACGCCUCCUUCUCCCGCUAUUCCUGAAGUCUAUGGUGCUUCAGCAUCAGCCUAUACAGUGGAGAGGGGGUGUGCUCUUCGAAGCCUUCAAGCGAUCUGGGUUACAGAGCUCUGUGGAUAAUUAUCGCAGCCUGUUCGUCUCUAGCUACUUAGCAAAAGCCUUUCAUAGAGUCGUUCGCGACAAAACCCAAGCUUUUUGCAGAGACGAAAUGCACGCGCUGCACUUAGGAUCAAAGAAGCGUGCUCCAGUGACCUUUGCAUCGAUGUACGUACUUGCACAUUUGCGUAGAGGUUGUGCUCUCCGUCGGAGCGUCUCUGUACUCUAUCUGGACACAUCGGCCGCCUACUGCAGGAUCGUGCGGGAACUUGCCGUUGGAGACAUUCGUGCUGACCGUACAGUCCUCCGCCUUUUCGAACGCUUUGGCCUUACAGGUGAAGACCUGCAUGACCUGAUGAUGACGGUAGAGUCUGGUGGCAUGUUGGCACAGGCGGGUGCGCCGGAUGCCCUACGCCAAGUUGUAAAGGAUAUCCACCUUCACACUUGGUUCGUCUCCAGGUUUUCGGACGGCACCCAGGUUUGCAGCAGCUUGGCCGGCAGCCGGCCGGGCGAGAGCUGGGCCGAUCUCAUAUAUGCGUACAUUUAUGGCCGUGUGCUGUCCAAGAUUCAUGAGUUCGCAGUUGCUGAAGACCUUACCUUCCGGGUCGCGCAUGACCCAACAGCCGGCGUCUUCCCAGCACAGGAUCGUACGGGCCUCAUAGAUGCGACUGAUGCGACGUGGGCAGAUGAUUCUGCUUUCCCGCUAAUAGCCGAGGAUCCUGACAGCCUGAUGUGGAAGACUCAAAGACUGUGCACUCUGGUCAUCAGCUUCUGCGAGGGUCAUGGUAUGGCCCCCAACCUUAAGCCUGGUAAGACCAGUGUCAUGAUCAGCUUAAAAGGUAAAGGUCAUAAGAAAGUCAGGCAAAAAUUCUUUCCGAAUGGCGCGCAAAAGUUAGAAUUGCCUGACCUGGGUGUCGGUAUCGUGGUUGCCGAUUCCUACAAGCACCUCGGGGGUUAUGUGGAUUGUAAACUGUCAAUGAGGCAAGAAGUCCGCCACCGCCUUGCUCAGGCCUCUAGCUCCUACGACUCUGCAAAGACUCUUUUGCUGGGCAGCCCGAGACUUGAGUUGGCCACUAGAGCAGCUUUGUUCGAGUCUGCCAUCACCCCGACCUUUUUCAAUAUCGGUCUUUGGGUCCCAAGCGGGCCGUCCUGGGACUCUCUCUGUAACGGAUACUCCAAGUUGGUUAGACGAAUGUUGGUACCCAAUGUCGGAGCGCACCGUGCCUUCCAUGUCCCGUUGCCCGUUGCACAUUGGUACACUGGCUGUUGGAGGCUUGAGCUCAUUGCACGCAGAGCCCGCCUCAGUUUGCUUGUGUCGCUUGUACAGACGGGGCCAUCGCUGCUCUGGGCAAUGCUUCAGGAAGAGAGUACCUGGCUCCAAGCAAUCCAGGAGGACCUGCGUUGGCUUAUCCAGGGUGACGAGGAGGAUUGGCCACUCUUAGUUGCGCCAGCCUGGCUUACAUGGCACCACAUCAUCAACUCGUCGUCUCAGGCCUUUCGCCGAAGAGUCAAGAAGCGUCUUCGUCAGACUCACCAGGAGCACGUCUUCGAGGAUUCGAUCCUUGUCUGUCUGUGGCACUGCUACCGUACCGCUCCUCGUAGUUGCCCUGAAGCGAUGCCCUCGAUGCAGUGGUAUUGCCAUGUCUGCCGUCGAUCCUUUUGUAACAAGGCUGGCCUUAGCGUGCACUUCUCUAAGAAGCAUGGCAGAGUUGCCGCGUACCGUCAUGUAGCGGAGGGUACCACGUGUGCUGCAUGUGAUACGUCCUUCUGGACGGCAGGGCGACUCGCGGCCCACUUAAGAGCCAGCCCUGGCUGUGUUGCUGCCCUGGCCAGACAAGGUCAGCAAGUCGAGCGCCCUGCACCAGGCUUCGGCAGCAGAAAAAGACGUCAAGCUGAUAGCCUGUGCUUUACCCUCUCCCUGCCGGAUCGCCGUGGUUGCAUCCCUCCGCAACCUGAGGAGCCAGUUUGGGGUAAAGAGCAACAGCAGGCUUACCAUGAUGUAUGUGAUGUCACUUUAGCGGUCGAUGGCUCAACCCCGACUGCAGACAUUGCUUCUGCGGUAUCUGUUAUACUGUUUCAGGGCCCGCUGUACCACGAUGAGCUUCUGCUCAUCCUUGACCGCACUUUGUCUGAUGUCACUGACUUGCACAAUGACGACCCGUGUCAAGUCCUCCCUUGGGACCCCUGGACUUCCUGA